AUGAUCGUACGCGAAAUUUCGCGCAUAAAUUGGAAGGUGGCAGUGGAAUGCUGGGAAAUUGCUCAUGGAAAAUGUAUUCCAGGAGGAGUCGACGCUGUGAAAGCCAGGAUGCGAGAUUUUGUCAAAAACGGCGCCGUCGAAUCACUAGCAGAAGACUCUUUCUCAUUCAGGGUUACCUGUACUCGUGCUGGAGAGAAAAGUCGUCACAACUUCUCAUCAAUGGAUGCUGCAAGAGCCUUGGGAGGAAUAAUUAAUCGAAUCUUCGGCUGGCGUCCUGAUAUGGAAAAUUUCGAUAUGGAAGUGUUGCUAAGAUUGAAGGACGAAACAGUCAGUCACUUUCUUUUAUUUCUCAUGAACUACGAGCAAAACUCGUAA